CGGAGGCGGAAGUUGCCGCCGGGCCUGUGGUGCAGCCUCGGUGGGAGUUGUAGUUCUCGCGCUGACUCUCUUCUUCCCGGGGCUGCUCCAGGCCGUUCGCCGCCUGUGGGGGACGCUGUUUCUCCGUCUGCCGGCCCCGGCCUCGUUGUCUCCAGUGUUGGCGCAUAGGGGAUGGUGGAGAGCGAUGGGUCGUGGUCAUCUUGGCUUUCUCAACCACACCUUUGUUCUUUAUUUCCUUUCUACAGUUGGUUAUGCAUCCUGGUCACUCCAUCCUCUCCGCAUUUCUGGUGUCCUGGGCAACGAGCAACUCAAUUUUAGUCUUUUGUGUCUUUGCCGAGCUCCUUGGCGGUCUUCCUCGUAUCUCUUACUAGCCGCCUGGUGGAGUGCUACUCGUUCUUGGAAGUGGGUUCAGAUGCCAUCUCUCCUGUGGCUUCCUGGAGUCACUCUUUGCAAAGUUUUGCUCUGGUUUCACUGUCGGAUACGUCCUACCUGCUCACAAUUUCUGAUCUGCUUGGGGAGCUUUUGAAAUUUGUUUGGUAGUGAAGGGGAGCAGAAUAUGCCAUCCCAAAAUGCGCCACUUCGAGUUGUCUACUGAACGCCAAGCCCAGAAUGACUCCAGACCACAGCCAAAAGCUUCUUCCAGGUCCCUUCUCUCUUGCCAUGUGGCAGUAGCUUUUGGGCUUCUGAGUGCCCUUCUGGCAAGUUUGCUGCUAUUCCAGUGGACUCUGUGCCAGGGUUCCAAGUACUCCACUUGUGCCCGCUGUCCUAGCUGCCCAGACCUCUGGAUUAGGUAUGGUGACCAUUGUUAUUACUUCUCAGUGGAGACAAAGAACUGGACUUCUAGUCUGAAAUUCUGCUUAGGCAAAGACUCACAUCUCCUCAUGUUUACAGACAAGCAGGAAAUGAACCUGCUCAAAAGUUUCCUCAAUGAGAAAUUUUACUGGAUUGGUCUGAGGAACAAUUCUGGCUGGAGGUGGGAAGAUGGAUCAACUCUAAACUUCUCAAGGAUUCUUUCAAACAGCUUGGUACAGAAGUGUGGUGCCAUCAGCGGAAAUGGUCUCCAAGCCUCUAGCUGCGAAGCUCCUUUACAUUGGGUCUGUAAGAAGGUCAGACUUUGACGGAUGGUCAGAUCUGUCAUAUGACUCCCUUAAAAGGGGGAGCUGGCCUCUGGGUGUUGGGAUAGCCAUGAGUACAUAUAUAUAUAUAUAGUGAAUGCUGAACCUUUGAGGAUACGGCAUUAGAUGCAAGAUUAAAUGCAGCUUCCCCAGGGUUGAUGGUUUAUUGGUGGACUUUGAGAGUAUUUAGAUAUUAUCUUAACAAUUUAAAAACCAGAUCUAGGCAAAUUUGUGAAAUAGAUAAAGUUUUUUUUAGUAUUUUUCACUCUAGUGACUAAUGCUGCUUCCUUCAUCCUCACCCCCACCAUCUAGUCAAAAAUAUACCUUUUAUAUGCUAUAUUCUGAGCUGAUCUAAUGAAAUCUGUGCAAAUAUAUACUAUUGCUAAUGUAGCAGAGGGUUUUUAUGUGCAUUAAUGGGUUGACAUGUUACUUUUCUCUGAUAAUAUAUUUUUAUCCUAACAGUGGCCCUUUGCAGAUAAAGCAUUAUUCUAAAGAAUAAUGCUAAUGGUGAGAAAAUAAAUUAUGAAAGUGGAUGAGAGCAGGGUGAUGCUGUCUGGUCUUCAGCUCUUCACACUUACUUAAGACCUGGCCUUGACUGAAUUUAGUUUUUCUGAAUAUGCGUAGAUGUGGUUGAAUGAAACAAUGUGUGACUAUAUUUUUUCCAUGUUGUGAACAUGUGAUUUGCAUGUUGAUUUUACAAUAGUGGUCUCUUUGACAAGGCAUUUUUGUAGAGGAAAAUUUACGGAAGCAGUUUAUGUGGUUGAUUCUCAAAUUAUUUUAGGCACUAAUGCCUCAAAAAUGAGAAAAACUUAUUAUUUUUCUUUAGUAGGAUUUGGACAUAGAUAAGGAGGGAAGAUGUUGUUUAAACAUAUUGGAGGGAGUAAUGAAAGGGACCAUACUUCUUACUGUUGUUGACGCUGGAUUGUAGUCUGUUUACUUGUCUUUCUCUUUCGUAGUUUUUAAGGACGUGGACUGUAUCUUAUCCACCAUUGUAUCUCAGACACCUAAAAUAGUGCUUGUAUCAAUGAAUAUUAAAUAAAUG